CUUACUAAGAUGUCUUCGCUUCAUUUCCUCCAAAGUCCUACUUCCGGAAUGCCCACGUGCUCUGUGAAUAAUAUCGCGCCGCUUCCGCUGUGUACUUCCUUUCCGGCAGCGGCUAACUCUUCGCCAACAUGCCACUCGCAAAAGACUUGCUGCACCCCACCCCUGAGGAGGAGAGAAGGAGGCACAAGAAGAAGCGUCUCGUACAGAGCCCUAAUUCCUACUUCAUGGACGUCAAGUGUCCAGGAUGCUAUAAGAUCACCACAGUCUUCAGCCAUGCUCAGACAGUAGUGUUGUGUGUUGGUUGUUCCACUGUGCUGUGUCAACCCACUGGAGGCAAAGCACGUCUCACAGAAGGAUGUUCCUUCAGGAGGAAGCAGCAUUAAGCUGUACACUAGAUGCUCCAGUAUGGAGGAAGGGAGAGGGGGGUUGGACUCGCCCUCCAAAGACCUCUCGGCUACGAUCGCUGAUCUUUCAACUUGAGAGAAAGGAACAGAAGCAAACACCUCCACCAUCAGUUGCUUGAAAAACUAGUAAAGAUGGCUCUCCAACCCAGUCUCUCUCUUUCAAUAAAAUGUUUUGGCUAAAA